AUGAAACCUCCGUUAAACAUGUCACGUUCAAAUAAACCACUUACUCAGGAAGCUAAUAGUUCGGCGCAUAUUGAUAGGGCACAUCAGCUAGCACAGGAUUUUAACAGUAAACAGGAUGAUACCGCACUAACUUCACUGCCCCACAAGAACCCCGACAUAUUCAGAUUUGAGAACAACAUCACAGCUCAUAGCUCGCGUCGUGGUUCUCUAUAUAGAGACAGCGAUGCUACUGUGGUUUUGCCGCUUUCUGAACAUACCCCUAGAUUAUCAAUGGAUGAUCCAUACCGCCAAUUACUACAACAGGCUGAAAUCUCACAACUACGAAGUAAGAAAAAAAGGCAUUCCAGUCGAGUUUUGCGUACUUCGUUUAUAUCUUUUGUGGUGCUAGUUUCCUCGCUGUCAGGGUUGGACCAAGGCCUCAUAUCUGGUAACGUUAUGACUUUGUCGUUCCAGAAGUAUUUUCAUUACCCACUUACUUCUCCGCUGGGCAAUAUAGUGAGCAUUGUUAAUCUGGGUGCGUUCAUGGCGUCGUUAUUUGUCUAUUCUGGCAUCCUGGAGCCUUGUAGCAGGAAAAAAAUGCUCCAAAUAAGCACAAUGAUAUACUCUUUGGGUGCCAUUGUUCAGGUCUUGGCUCUAAACCAAUGGUGUUUACUACUGGGUAGAUUCUUACUCGGAGUAGGUAUGGGCUUUGCCUUUUCUAUGGUAAUAAUUUAUCAAUUCGAGUUUCCCCUUCCCUGUAUAAGAAAACGGACAUUAAUUUCCAUUCAAUGCGUCUCUAGUGUCAUUGCGUAUUCAUUCGGAAUAUGGAUUAAUUGUGCUUUCAGAUAUUUGGGCUUUGCAUGGAGAUACCCUUUGUCAACACAUGUGGCACUUGGAAUAAUACUAAACCUAAUGUCGUUCUAUCUUAUUUUAGAGUCCCCUUCGUGGCUGUUGAAGCAAAAGAACGACGUAGAGGCAUUGGUUUUAAUAUCGAAUGUUUUCGAUGAUGGAAAUUUCGAAGAAAACCAAACUCAGUUGAAAUUUAGGGUCCUGAAACGAGACAUAUUAUUAAAGUCACACCUUCAAAAAAACUCCUAUCCAUAUGCGUAUAUCUUAAAGGAUUUUUCUUCAAUAAUAAAAUUGUUGAUAGGUUUCCAACUUCUCACACGAACAAAUGGAGUGGAUGCUUUCUUGUAUUACUCACCGUUAAUAUUACAACAAAUGGGGAGAGGAGAAAGAAAAUCUAUCUAUUUAACGGGGCUUAAUGCUUUAAUUUACAGCAUCGUAAUAUUAGCAUAUGUUCCCUUGGUGUUACGGAAACGUAAAGAGAAAACGAAUGUACUCUUAGGUUCGAUUGUGAUGUGUGCAUUGCUAUUUACCAUAUCUUUUACAGACUGGUUUCCCAAGAGCACAACGAGGUAUAUAUCAAUACUAUUUGCUGUUUUUCUUUUUACGCACUUCAUCAGUUGGGAUUCUAUAGGAUGGGUUAUGACCAUUGAGCUUCUACCUCACUUGUCACAGGCCCCAGUGAUACUACUAGUCUCAAACUUUUAUUGGAUUUUUAAGUGGUUCGUCAGCUUAAUAACCCCUAUACUUAUUGACCGUCUGUCUUGGAAGUUUUAUCUUAUUCCAUCUUUAUCUUCCUUUAUUUCCAUUAUAUUUGUGCUGAAGAUUUUUCCUAUAGAAACCCGUGACGAAAGGUUAGAUUCUGAUGAUGAUUCUACCGGAAACGGUAGCGGUAACCAUGAUGAUGUUUUUGACGAUACCGGUUCUGAAUUCUCCUCCUCACCAUCUUUUUCCGCGUAUCAGAUAAACACUCUAGGAAGUAGUAUCAAACAAAAUAAUCAAGCCUAUUCAUCUAUUCAAAAUGAGCAGAUUCUACCCAAAAACGGAAACUUAUCGAACCAGACACACGGUUCUGCACAAAAUGUUUAUUUCAUUACAUCUGAUUCAGGACCAUCAAGGACUGGAGAAUUUUUCAGUUUUCAUAACAGAACCGAUCCAAAUAUCAGCGACAACAUUGCUGCGAAUAAACCCAGUUCAGGUGGAGGCCAGAAUUCGCCUGGAGACAUGGCAGUUGCCUAG